AAACUGACUAACCACAUCCUCAGCUUUCAUUAUAUAUAGUUGCCAGAUUCAUCUAGCCAUUGUUCACAAAUUAAUUGCAACAAUGAAUUGUCAGGCUCUGCUCAGCUCUCUGACCAUCAUUUUCUACCUAACAGCAACUCAUGAUUGCUCGGAAAUCAUUGGGGGCCAAAUAACGAGAAAUCAUGCCAGAUCAUACAUGGCAUCAAUCCAGAUGAAUAAACGUCAUUUGUGCGGAGGAGUGUUAAUAAAGCCAUCCUGGAUCCUGACUGCAGCGCACUGCAAUCUCUACUUUAAAUUGGAACCAGUCUACGCAGUUCUUGGAAUUAAUUCAUUGGAAAGUAAUGAAAACUCGAAGCAAGUACUGAAGGUGAAGCAUAAAAUCCCACAUGAGUGCUUUAACACUGAAACCAAAGAAUAUGACAUCAUGCUGCUUCAACUGGGGAGCAACGUCAAGUUCAACAAAGAUGUGAAAGUGCUCAAACUACCGAAAACAAAGGUCACUGAUGUGAAACCUGGGACUUCCUGCUCAGUGGCAGGAUGGGGGAAAACAAGUACAUGCUCAAAAAAUAAUUCUGACACACUUCAAGAGGUGAAGCUAAAAGUAAUAGAUCGUAAAACAUGCAACAGCAAGGACUAUUACAAUAACGAUCCUGAAGUAACCCAGGACAUGAUCUGUGUUGGCGACAGUGAAGGCAGAGGAGAUUCUUGUGUGGGUGAUUCAGGUGGCCCUUUGAUAUGCAACAAAAAGUACAUUGGGAUAGUGUCGUAUGGUUUUGUUCAGGAAACUCUCGAUUUCCCGGAUGGUCCUGAGGUCAUCCAGCUGCUGCUUCAGUCCCCUAACACGGUCCUUCAGGAGCUGCACCUGGACACAAUAUCCGCGGAGCAGACUACCAUGCUGAACCUUCUCAAAGGCUUUGCUGAAGUGCAUAAAGACAAUGUCUACGGCCUUGCCCUCGCCAACCUGCUUGGUUACUUCUUCUAA